AUGGCUGGCUCUAGGAAAGGAAAGCACAAGAAGAAAAAGGAGAAAUCGAAUCCUCAUAAAUCCAAAGAAAACAACAAGCAAAUAGAUAUCUCAGUUAUCAAAUCUGAAUUGGGACAUGAGAAAGAAGGGGACAAAUGUGAUGCUAAGCACACUGAAGACAAGCAGGUAGAAAAAUUACUGUACCUUAAAAUUGAAAGCGCAUAUGAAGAAGCAUGCCUAAUUAUGUCAAAAAUGGGAUAUGAUACUCAAACCAUUGAAGGGGCACUUUUGAGAGCAGGGUAUAUAUUUGGUGAACCGGACAUCCGAAGAAGUAUCAUGAAAAGUACAUUGACUUUAAUCAAUAGUUCUCGCCAAGAAAAUGGUAAAGUCAUUUUUAAUGAAGAACAAGAACCCAUUUUUAAAACAUUGGCCGAAUUGAUCGAGUUUUGGGUACAAGAUUUGGUUAACUUAGUGGAAAGACAGCGCCCUGGUUUGUCGAAGUCUAGUGCUAUGCAGCAGAUUUUGUCAAGCAAGUUGCUUGCUAUUGAGAAAACUAAUCAAUCUCUUGCUCCUGAUAGAGUUGAAGCUUCUUCUUCUAGUGAAGUUUCAGGAGCUAAUCAAUUUGAUUUUGAUGCAUUUUUGAAAGAAAAUGCUCUUGCAUUGAAGAGAUUGACUGGUCUUACUUAUACCCCAGAGUUGGCAAGUCAAUCAGAAAAGAAUGCUACUUCUACUGCCAGUCCACAAGAACAAGGUCAAAUCUCCUUGGAAGAUUUUGAGUUUGAUCAGAUUUCUAAUCCAUUUGAAGGGUUUCAGGGGUUAUGUGAUGAAACAAGACUAAGAAAUUGUUCCGAAGAGCAAAAACAUGAAAUUAUUUUCAGCUUGGAAGAACUCAUACGAAGUCUGGAGCAACAAGUGGAAGAUAGAAAAAAUUGGGCUCUGAAUAAAAGAAGGGAAUCGAGAGCAAGUUUGGUUAGUCACUCUCAUGAGUUAAUUAUGCUAAGUUUAGAAAAAGAAAAGAGAGAGCAAUUGGCUAAGGAGAAAGAGGAACUCGCAACUUCUAUGCUGAAAAUCUUAGACUUCGAGCUGAGCUUACCAGCAUUGAGUUGA